AUAUAUAUAUAUAUAUAUUCAAACACAAAAAAGGGAAGGAAAAAAAAAGAAAGGUAAAGAUGGACAAAAAUAACAAGCAGCAAAAAAAUGAGGAUCAUGAUAAGAAGCAAUCAGAGGAAGCAAAGAAGUUAGAAGAUUUGCCGAUUGAAACAAGUCCAUAUGUGCAAUACAAAGACUUGGAAGAUUAUAAGCAACAAGGUUAUGGUACACAUGGUCACUUAGAACCUACACCCGGCCGCGGCGCUGGCGGCACAGAUGCACCUACUCUUUCCGGUGGUGCGCCGGUCACCGGAUCUUCUGAUGUCCAUAAUUAACCAUCAUGGUGCUCCUUAAUAUAUUUUCGAAUUAUAUAUUCUUCUUUUCGCAAAUAUGCUAGUUUUUUUUUCAUGUUAAAAAAAAAAAAAAAUCAAGUUAUUUUUAUUAAUUUGCUUUUGCUUUAAAAUGAUGUAUCAGAUGAACGUGCUAUGUCUUAAUUAUCUGGAGAAAAUGUUAUCUUUAACAUUUGAUCUUUAAAAGUUAAGUAUGAUUAAAAUAUUUGGCAGGAGUAAUUUUUAUUUAUGUCCUAAUAAAUAUAGAAUAUAGAAAUUCGUGAAAUACAAGUAUAAAGUUUUGUUUAUGAAAUACAAAAAAUGUAGUUGGGUUAAA